AUGAAUAAAUUAAUUAUUUUAAUUUUAUCUGUACUAUUAAUUGUUUUAUCAGUAAAUUCAAACGAAACUAGAUGGGAUUCAUCAUCAGGUUCAUCAGAUACAACGCCGGGUGAUUUUGAUUACUAUUUAUUCGUUCAACAAUGGAUUUAUUCAUAUUGUAGUGAAAGCAAAUGUAUUGAAAAUAAAGAAAGAGAAGCAUUUACAAUUCAUGGAUUAUGGCCAAACGACAGAAACAACUCCUAUCCAGCUUUCUGUACUGGUCCAUCAUUUGAUUUAGGUGAAAUUUCAGAUUUAGAAGAUCAAUUAAAUGUUGAUUGGAUUUCAUUAACUGAAGAUAAUGAUUUAUUCUGGACAAGUGAAUAUAAAAAACAUGGUACAUGCGCAGUUGUAGCAGGUUCACCAAUUUCAAAUGAACAUGAUUAUUUUGUUGCUGGUCUCAAAUUAUAUACUCAACAUAAUUUAACAUCUGCAUUAAUUUCAGAAAAUAUUUACCCAUCAGAUCAAGAUACCUAUGAAUCCGAUUCAAUUUCAAGUGCAAUUAAUAGUCAAUUUGGUGGCCAACCAGUUAUGCAAUGUGAUAAUAAUAAAUUAUCAACUAUUGCAUUAUGUAUUGAUAAAAAAACACUCUCAAUUAUGGAUUGCCCUGAAGUUGAUGGUUUUGAUACUUGUUCUGGCAAAGUUUCAAUCCCAUCAAGCUCAAAUAGAUUAUAA